AUGGCCAUGCUGAUGAUGGAAAAUUCUGAACCGGCCAUGCAAUUGGAGAACCAGCUCUUUGCAUUACCGGCCACUUUAACGGAUCGAUGGCGCACGGAACACGAAAAACUUAACCCCACUACCGUCUUGACAGACAACGGAUCCGCCGGCGAUAUCAACUUUUUCAUUCCGCCCAGCACGUCCGGACUACUUAGUUUGGCAGAUAUGAUCCUGGAAUUAGAAGUGGGCAUUAAAGUCCGUAAAUCCACAGGUGAAUGGGAACUGAUUACAACGGCUGAUGGUGUGGCACCGGUCAACAACAUUCUGCACUCAUUGUUCUCUUCAUGCCAUGUGACGGUGGCCAACCGGUUGAUCUCGGAUGCUGCCACGUUUUAUCCGUACCGCGCUUACCUGGAAUCUUUGCUGUCACACUCCCUUGAUGCCCAACAAAGCCAACUGACAUCCGCCGGUUUCUAUUACGACUCUCCGGGUUCCUUCAACAGUGAAAUUGCAAACAAUGGUGAAAAAAAUCGAACGGCGUUAUUUAAUACUGGACAGUACGUACAGCUAUCUGGCAAACUAUUCUCGGACCUAUUUGACCAAAGCAAGCCGCUGUGCACCGGUGUACCCGUCAACAUUCGCCUAGUAGUUAGUCGACCGGAGUUUGCCUUACGUGUAUGGGACACGGAUACCACCAAGACAUUUAAACCGUUUAUACGUAACGCGCGUCUGUCGGUUCGCCGAUACAUUCCGUCUCCGGACUUUCUGACCGCCGUGGCCGGAGAACUCCUGAAAAAAACAGUCAAGUACCAUAUCGAACGAGUGGUGAUGCGUGUGUCGGACAUUCCCAACGAACCCAAAGCACCGUGCGAAGACUUUCACGGAUCGCAAAAGAAAAAUCCUUUCAAUUUUCAGCACUUCAAUAUUACACAAAUCAGCGUCGAAGUGGACGGCCAGAGUUAUCCAACCAAACCGUACACUGCCGAUUUCGACCGCAAGUUGUCUCUGGAGUGCUACGACGGGUUGUUGGACACUUUGGGACAUCGUCCCAGCUUGCAAGGCGGCCUACCGUUCAACCGGACCCAAUAUAACGACGGAUAUACCAUUUUCGGUUUUGACCUGACUCCAGGACAUACCGGACGCGGACCACUGACGCUAAUCAAACAGGGAAACCUUAGUGUUUCUGUGUCUUUCGGGAAACCACUGAAAAGCACCAUUAUGAUGGUGUGUAUGCUGGUCUACGACAGCAUUAUUGAAAUUAACCAGCACCGUCAACUGAUCGCGGACUUUACAACAUGA